GCAACUACCAAAGUGAACAAUAUUAUGAAAAAGGAGGAGAUUGAUGACGAUGAUGAUGUCCCGCUAUCUCUUAAAACCAAAAUGCCACCGAAAGGCUCGUUUGAAGAGGCAUUGGCAGCCGCAUCCUCCCACAAUCAUCGAGUAAAGAAAUCGAAGCACGCGGCGCCUUCCACGGUGAAAAAGGAGGUGAAAGUGGAAGAGGUUACGGAAGUGAAGGCUGAAGUGCCGGAUAUGAGCGAUGAUGACGUACCACUGGGUAUAAAAAUUAAAGCAAAGAAGCGGAAAAGAGUCGAAUCGGACGAUGAGGAUUAUGCACCGAAGCGUAAGAAAAAAGAGAAGCGCCAGGAACAAUCCAAUGAUAAAAACAGUGCGUCGGUUACGGUGAGUUCACGAAAGAAGAAGAAAGUCACUACUGAGAAGAGCAAUGGUACAGCAACAAGCAAACGAGUGAAGGUGGAAGAGGAGGAGGAAAUCUGGAAAUGGUGGGAAGAAGAGAAGAAAGAGCCUGGCGGCGCGCGAUGGCACAGCCUAUCGCAUAAAGGGCCUAUAUUUGCGCCACCUUACAAGCCCUUUCCCGAGUCAGUACAUUUUCUCUACAACGGAGAGGUACUCAAUACUUUUCACUUUUUAACGCGACCGGACUCGUAA